UUCACAGAUGUCGGAAAAUAGCCGGAAGAGCAAAAAGAGAAAAGAGAAGAUACAGGUUAAAAGGAAAUUAGAGCCAAACAGAGAUAGAGAGAGAGAGAGAGAGAGAGAGGGCUGCCCGCCUAAUUGGUUUCGACUAUUUAUACAGAGAGAGCGCGCGAGUCACUGUCUCCUCCCAUUGAAAUUCAAUUUUUUAUUAAUUAUACACGCUGGUUUUUUCUGCUUAACUGCGUUCGUCUACUAUCGUCUCAAUGAAACCCUAGUUUCAUCCCCCAGGUGGAUCGUGCUAGCAUAAGAAGCAGUGUCAAAUAAGUGUUAAGAGUUCACUAUAAUGGAUCAACCACGUUCGGGUAAUGGUGAGGAAAAUGUUGGGAUUCCGGAUGAUUUGCGAUGCAAGAGAUCAGAUGGAAAACAGUGGAGGUGUACCGCUAUGUCUAUGCCAGAUAAAACCGUGUGUGAAAAACACUAUAUCCAGGCAAAAAAGAGAGCAGCUAAUUCUGCAAUGCGAGCUAAUUUGAAAAAAGCCAAGAGGAAAUCGUUAGGUGAAACUGAAAUUUACUUGGAGAGUAAGAGUGAUGAUUUUGAUGUACCGCUUGCAAGCAUGAAAUCACAGGAUAAAAAGUACAUGGAUAAGGCAUCAAAAAAUCAUUUUCGCUAUUCACCUGAGUCACCACCUACGAGGGGUUUAUCCAUGCGGAAUCCUCCAAAACCAAAUGAUGAGAGAGACUUGGAACAGUACGAGGAAAGUUGGAGGUCUUAUAAGUCACCACCUGUUUCUGCAUUGGAAUCAUCCAGGAACAGACCACAGAGGAGUUUUGAUGCUAAUGCUAUGACAGUAUCGGAAGGCUCAGAAUCCUCAGAAGAAACUGGUGGCCAAACUUGCCAUCAGUGUCGGAGGAAUGAUAGGGACACAGUCAUUUGGUGCCUCAGGUGUGAUAGAAGAGGAUACUGUGACAGCUGUAUUUCAACAUGGUACUCGGACAUCCCAUUAGAAGAUAUUCAGAGGUCUUGUCCUGCAUGUCGUGGUACUUGUAAUUGCAGAGUGUGCCUGCGUAGAGAUAAUUUGGUAAAGGUAAGGAUAAGGGAGAUCCCUGUUCUAGACAAGUUGCAAUAUCUCCACCGCCUGCUGUCUUCAGUACUUCCUAUAGUUAAGCAAAUCCAUCAAGAACAGUGCUUUGAAGUAGAGCUCGAAAAAAAGCUUCGUGGAACCGAUAUAGAUCUUGUCCGGACAAAAUUGAAUGCAGAUGAGCAAAUGUGCUGCAAUUUCUGUAGGAUUCCCAUUAUUGAUUAUCAUUGGCACUGUUCCAAUUGUGCAUAUGAUGUAUGCCUUAACUGUUGUCGAGAUCUUCGAGAAGCAUCUAUGCCUGGCGUUGAAGGAGAAGUGGAAGAUAACCAGAUUAGUGAGAAAAGUCAAGAAAAAGAAACCAAGUUGCAGCAACCAAAACUGUCUAAAGUUAGACUACAUUUAUCUGACAAGUUUUCUGACUGGAAAGCCAACAGUGACGGAAGUAUCCCUUGCCCUCCAAAGGAGUAUGGUGGCUGUGGUUAUUCAUCGUUGAAUUUAAGCCGCAUCUUUAAGAUGAACUGGGUUGCAAAACUUGUCAAAAAUGCAGAGGAGAUGGUCAGUGGCUGUAGGGUUAAUGACGCUGUCAGCGUAGAGAAUUUUGGGCAUGAUGAUCCAAGAAUUUGCCAGUAUGCUCAUAGAGAGGACAACAAUAAUUUUUUGUACUGCCCUUCAUCUGAAGAUCUUAAAUCUGAUGGAAUUGACCAUUUUAAAAGGCAUUGGCUCAGUGGUGAGCCCAUCAUUGUUAAGCAGGUGUUUGAUAGCUCAUCAAUUUCAAGCUGGGAUCCGAUGGUUAUAUGGAAAGGGAUUCGGGAGACAGCAGAUGAGAAAUUGAAGGAUGAGGACAGAAUGGUGAAGGCCAUAGAUUUCUUUGACUGGUCUGAGGUCGAUGUUGAACUUGGUCAGUUCAUCAAAGGGUACUCCGAGGGACGAAUUAAUGAAAAUGGUUGCCCAGAAAUGUUGAAAUUAAAGGACUGGCCUUCUCCCAGCGCAUCUGAAGAGUUCUUAUUAUAUCAGAGACCUGAAUUUAUCAGCAAACUGCCUUUACUUGAGUAUAUUCACUCCAAGUUUGGUCUUUUAAAUGUUGCUGCAAAAUUGCCACACUAUUCUUUGCAAAAUGAUGUUGGACCUAAGAUUUUUAUGUCUUAUGGGACCUAUGAGGAACUUAGUGGAGGCAACUCUGUGACUAAUCUCCAUUUCAAUAUGCGUGACAUGGUAUAUCUGCUGGUGCAUGCAUGUGAGGUGAAUCCAAAAGGUUUGCAGAAGACAAAGAUUGAGAGCACACAAAAAUCCUUGGAGGAAUCUGAAGUUAACGAAUCACCUGGGGAUCUGAAAAUGGGUUUGGGAGAAGAUACGAAUCCUGCUCUAUCACUUCUUAGUCAGCGUGUUGAGAAUGAUUAUGGGGCAAGGUCGGAUACAGAUAAAGAUGAGAGUGUGGCAGAUCAUGGGCAUGAAACUACUCCAACUGUUGAAGGGGACACCAGAAGUUGUGAACUGUCAGAAAGAGAGGGUGGAGAUGUCUCUGAAAAAACUCAUAUGGGAGUUCUUUGGGAUGUUUUCCGUCGGAAGGAUGUUCCAAAGUUGACUGAGUAUCUGAGAAUGCAUUGGAAAGAAUUUGGGAAGCUCAACACUGAAACAGAUAAUUUUGUAACGUGGCCCCUUUAUGAUGGAACAUUGUUCCUGAAUGGGUAUCAUAAAAGAAAACUGAAGGAAGAAUUUGGAAUUGAGCCAUGGUCCUUUGAACAGCAUUUGGGGCAAGCUGUUUUUAUCCCUGCUGGAUGCCCUUUUCAAGUCAGGAAUCUUCAGUCAACUGUUCAGCUGGGUCUUGAUUUCUUAUCUCCUGAAAGCCUUGGUGAGGCUGUAAGACUAGCUGAUGAAAUCCGCUGUCUUCCAAAUGACCAUGAAGCAAAGCUGCAAGUGUUGGAGGUUGGACAAGGGAAAUUUUACUUAGAAGUAGGAAAGAUAUCACUUUAUGCAGCAAGUUCAGCUAUUAAGGAGAUUCAGAAAUUGGUACUUGAUCCAAAAUUCGGCGCAGAGCUUGGAUUUGAAGAUCCAAAUUUGACUGCAGCAGUUUCUGAGAAUUUGGAGAAAAUGACUAAGCGAAGACAGAUCACUUGUACUUGAAUUUAUCUAAGUAUCUCUGAUUUAGAGAAAGGAAAUCUCAUUAGAGGUGUGACUAGAUGGCUUGAUGAGUUUUGAACGUAUAAAAUGUUCUAGGUUCAGUAUUGUAACUUCCUGGAGUCACAAUUUUAAAGCUGUCUGAUUUUAUUUGCCAAUGCCUCAUACCGUGAACAACAUUGUAGCCCUUGUUCCAUUAGUUAAUGAAAAAGCAAUAGCAAAUUAUGCUCUUAAGGCA